GGAAAACACCCAAACCAUAGAGCUCAGUUCCUAGCUAGGCCUCUACCAGCCACUUCCGCUCGUCCGCCUAAUACCGCGCCUGCGCACCGCCUGUCUUCCUUUCUGGGCUCGGACCUAGGUCGCGGCGACAUGGCCAAACGUACCAAGAAAGUCGGGAUCGUCGGUAAAUACGGGACCCGCUAUGGGGCCUCCCUCCGGAAAAUGGUGAAGAAAAUUGAAAUCAGCCAGCACGCCAAGUACACUUGCUCUUUCUGUGGCAAAACCAAGAUGAAGAGACGAGCUGUGGGGAUCUGGCACUGUGGUUCCUGCAUGAAGACAGUGGCUGGCGGUGCCUGGACGUACAAUACCACUUCCGCUGUCACGGUAAAGUCCGCCAUCAGAAGACUGAAGGAGUUGAAAGACCAGUAGACGCUCCUCUACUCUUUGAGACAUCACUGGCCUAUAAUAAAUGGGUUAAUUUAUGUAACAAAA